AUGGCUCCCGACUUGGGCGCUGUUUCCAACUCUACUAUGGCACGACCUCGUGCAGCAACAUCUGCACCCGCUAUGGCAUCGCAGUCUCCGACACCCCGACAACCAAUAAAUGGUCCUCAUAUUUCUACAGCACUUCCGCCCCCAGGAAGUCCACCACUGGGAACGGGAGAUUACGGCAUCACAAGUACCGCUCAGGGGCCAUUGCGUCAUCCUCAGCCGCUGACGCCUUCGGAUCUCCAUCUAGUGCUUGAGAAAGAGCAAGAAGCAAUGGUGAAUCGAUUGACUCGAGAGCUAUCUAUUCUUCGCCAGCAGACGGCAUCCGUGGCAUCGACAGCAUCCUCCACCUCGACAUUUAACGAGGUAGAUCGCGCACAGGCAUCACCUACCCUCAGCAGUUCACUCCAAUCUCAUUCUGCGCGACGGAACCGGUCCAAUUCGAGCCUCAGUUCACAUGCUUCAGCAAACCAGGCCCCACAGUCUGCAAGUGUCACUGGAAUUGCACCCUCGCGAGACAUCCCGUAUCGAACGGUUCGCAGCCGUGAGCCAUCCCUCACAUCGCGCCGACCCUCUAUCGGAUCACUAUCCUCGUUCUCCAACAAUAAUAGCAGCGUCUACCCCCACCGGAACUCGGUGUCCCAGACCCAUCUAGGCCAUUCACCUGGAGGCUCGCUGUCGCGGUUUGAGGAGGCCACACAUCAUAGGUUGGAGGUGGAAUACAUGAAGCGGGAGAAUGAACACCUGAGGAGGCGUGUGCGGGAUCUGGAGCAGACUUUAAAGAGACAAAAGGAGGAUUCAACAAGUGAGGCUUCUGCUACACCAUCUGAAAGAAUCAUUGAUGCCUGA